AUGGCGCUGGCCGUCGUCGUGGUGCUGCCCUCGCUGCCGCCGCCCCCACCGCCGCCGCCGGAGCAGAUCGUCGUCGCGGUGCUGCCCUCGCCGCCACCGCCGCCCCCGCCGGCGCGGGUCGUCGUCGUGGUGCCGGCGCGCGUGCGCCUCCCCGGCGUCCUCCGCGUCGCGGCCUUAGCCCUCAUCUACCUGGGCUUCGCGAUUGCGUGGGUCAUGGCCGCGGCCACGGCUGCAGAGGUCGUCGCGCGCCGCGCCUGGGGCGAGGGCUCCGCGCCAGUCCUGUUCCUCCAGGCGGUCAUGUACGGGGCCGUCAAGGUUUGCGUCUGCAUCAUCCUUGCGUUUUUCGCGCUUGUCGUCCUGCUGCUGUGCGCCCAGUGCGUGGCCUACGUGAUUGCACCUGUAUCUGGAUCCACUUCGGGAUUCAAGAAGAGCACCUUCGGAGCAAUCAGGCCAGAAUUCACUGCACACUUUUUUAGGCUUCUGCGCCCAGCGGUGCUUGGAUUUGUCGUGGAUUUGGCCUUCGUCCUGCUAGCGGUCGCUGGUCUUCUGGUAGAGAUGAUGUCGCCACAUGUGAAGGGAUCGAUAUCUCAGGGGGAAAUGGUCGGUUCUGUAAUCGAGGAUGUGGGGAUAUUUGGUAUGCACGCGACAGUUUGCUUUCUUAUCAUCCCAGCUCUCGUUCUCAGUGUUUGGAGGGAGUGCUAG